AUGACACUCCUCUCGGAUAUUAUCUCCGCAUCGGCGCAUUUACACAACUCUAACCACCUACCCAGUGACGAGUAUGACCGUCGGAUUCGCGAGCUAGUUGAAUACUUCAGGCGAUUACAAUCUACCAAGGCACUCGACUCAUUUGCCAGUGAUGGGACUUUUCUCAGUAAUUUUGACCCAGUGAUAGAUUCGAUCCCAUAUCUUUUCGUGCUACGUGUGCAGAUACAAAAGGCGCAGGAAAUCAAUACCAAUGUGCUCCCAGCGGACCUCCGCCCCUCAGGAAAGCUAUGGACAUGCGCUGCACAUUUUUUGACGAAUUUCGAUGGGGUCCAGGUCAGGUACGCAGGACGAGAAUGGCGCCUCCUUGUUGAGCUCGUGGGACAAGCCUCGCAAGCUGCAUCAAUGGCAAGUCGGCUAUUUUUCCAAAGUUACUCGGGUUCCAUUGCUAACCUAACCCUGCUACAGCCACUACUAGGUGCUAAGCUGGUCAGGGACGCUAUGCUUCGUCUCGACCCAUCAUGUGCUGUUUUCACUUCAAGUCACCUUUUGCUUGUCCGGCUGUGUCUCCAGGCCAAAGCAUAUUCUUGUGCAUUGCCUGUCUUGGAUAAGCAGAUUUUUCAUUUCCCAAUUUCGCAGGGACGUGCCUUUUCGGGACCCUCUGCGCUUUGCGCAGAUCAUGCGUCAAGUGUAUCCUUUAUGACUGAAGCUUCCGGGGUCUCAUCCAAGCUCUCAUACCGAGACUACUUACAGUACUUUCUUUACGGUGGUAUGGUGUACAUGGCAUUGAAGGAGUGGCGGAAUGCACUCCAUUUCCUUGGGAUUGUCAUCUCUGCGCCUAGUACUAACCCUGUGAGCUUGAUUAUGGUCGAGGCCUACAAAAAAUGGGUGCUGGUAGGCUUACUCGAAAAGGGAAAGCUCUGUUCGCCUCCAAGCAUCACAACACCUCAUGUGGUGAAAGUGUACCAGUCACUCGCGAGACCCUAUAUAAUACUUGCUCAUGCAUUCGAACAUGGUGAUCUAAAAAGACUUGAUGCUGAAAUCGAUGCUGGCAAAGGAGUGUGGUGCGCGGACAAUAAUUUCGGUCUCGUGUCCCAAGUAGUGGGUGCUUUCUUCAGUCAAACUGUUAUCAAGCUUGGGAAGACUUUUGCAGCUUUAACGGUGGCCGACCUUUCAAAGCAGGUCUUUCCUUCCCCUGUGUGUGCAGAUGUCACUAGAUCCGCUGUUUCAUCUCUCAUCAUAUCUCGUGCCUUAAACGCGACAUUGGUGCAGACCAAAGAUCAUGCUGAGUCUUCUAUGCUACGGUUCUCAUCCAUUCAUUCGUUACCUCGACUCUCUUAUGAGUCGGAUUUACAGUCUCAACUCAAGCAGGAAAUGAGGAUAAUGGAGGCCCUGGUGAUUAAUCUUGGGGAAACCAAUAAUAACCUGGGAUUAAGCGAUGAGGGGGAGGCCGGACUUGAGAUGGAUGAAGAUCUGAUGGGUGAUAUGUCUUAG